GGGCUGGUGGAGAUUGGGGCACACUGGAUCCAUGGCCCCUCGCCCGGGAACCCCGUCUUCCGCCUGGCCACCUCCUACGGCCUGCUGGGCCCAGAGGCUGCCCGGGAGGAGAACCAGCAGGCAGAGGCUGGGGGGCCCCCCCCGCUGCCCUCUGUCACCCCCGGCAUGCUGAGACUCCAGGCCGUGACCGAAGCCCACGACCUCUUUGACACCCUCCUGGCCUCCACCCGUGCUUUUCGGGAGGCUGAGGAGCUGCCAGCGCCCAGCGUGGGACAGUACCUGCAGGCAGAGAUUGCCCGGAGGCUCCCCACUUUGGGGGGGGGCAAGGAGGAUGCCCGACGGCUCCCGCUGGCCAUCCUCACUGCCUGCUUCAAGCUGGAGUGUUGCAUCAGCGGGACCCACAGCAUGGACCUGGUGGCCCUGAAGCCCUUUGGGGAGUACGUCUCCUUGCCUGGCCUGGACUGCACCUUCCCGGGCGGCUACAGCAGCUUGCCUGAUCGCAUGUUCUCGGCUCUGCCGGAGGGCACUGUCCUGCUCAACAAGGCGGUGAGGACCAUCUGGUGGAGAGGGUCCUUCCGCGAGGAAGGGGAUGAGAGCAGGGAUUUCCCCGUCCGGGUGGAGUGCGAGGACGGAGAUGCCUUCCUUGCCGACCACGUCAUCAUCACCGUCCCGCUGGGUUUCCUCAAGGAACGCCACCAGGACUUCUUCCAGCCUCCUCUGCCAGAGCGGAAAGCAGAGGCCAUUCGCCGCCUGGGUUUCGGCACCAACAACAAGAUCUUCCUGGAGUUUGAGCGGCCUUUCUGGGAACCCCAGCAGCAGCUCCUCCAACUGGUGUGGGAGGAUGAGUCACCCCUCGAGAAGCCCAGCACUGAUCUGGAGGCCAACUGGUUCAAGAAGCUCAUCGGAUUUGUGGUCCUCCAACCCCCAGAGCAGCACGGGCACGUCCUCUGUGGCUUCAUUGCGGGGAAGGAGUCAGAGUACAUGGAGAAGCUGAGUGAUGCUGAGGUUCUUGGCACCAUGACACAAGUCCUCCGCAAGCUGACAGGGAAUCCAUGCCUGCCGGCUCCCAGGAGCGUGCUCAGGUCCCAGUGGCACAGCACUCCCUACACCCGGGGCUCCUACAGCUAUGUGGCCGUCGGCAGCUCGGGGGACGACAUCGACGUGCUGGCUCAGCCCCUGCCUGAGGACCCCGAGGACCCCAGGCCUCUGCAGCUCCUCUUCGCUGGCGAGGCCACCCACCGCACUUUCUACUCCACCACCCAUGGGGCCCUGCUGUCAGGCUGGCGAGAGGCCGAGCGCCUCAACCAGCUCUUCGAGGCACCCGGCCCCUCUCCUCGGCUCUGA